UAAAUAAAUAAUUUAAAGUGGCGUCUCUGCUGAGUCAUGCAUUGUACCCCACAAUAAUGAUAUCAAUAGUCUGGGCUGUCCUUUCUGGACCUGUGCGCUCUCCUCGGUUUACUGUGCGAUGCUUCACGUAUGUUAGUGAGUGUCUUUAUUCUCUUGCCGAGUUAUCAGCGACAUAACGGCAGCGGAGGAGCCGGCUGUCUGAGGCUGCCAGAUCUGCCCUAUAUCUCGUCUUAUGAUGAUCGCUGCGGCGUUUUUGGUCCUACUAAGGCCGUACAGUAUUCAAUGUGUGCUGCUGUUGUUGUUGCUUUUGCUGGGGACUAUUGCGACAAUUUUGUUUUUCUGCUGCUGGCAUCGCAGGCUUCGUAAUGGAAAGCAUCCAAUAAAAUCUGUGCUCUCUGGACGCCCCAAGAACCGCGUUGGCCUGCGAACGCAUCAUUUUCGAUCAGAGGGCUUCAGGCACAGUCCACAUCGCCCGAGAAGGAGCAUACAUGCUCGAGUGACAGAGGAAAAGCCCAAUCUGGUCGAGGUUCCUGAAAGUGAACCCGAUUCAUCGUCGUCUCUAAGAAAACGCAAAGUGAAGAAGAGAGUCCUGCCAGAAUUUUACCAGUCUGUACAAGUCACCCCUACACGUAAACCUAGCUCCAGUUCGGGCAAUCCUUCCCUACACUGCUCCAUGUCUUCCUCGGCGGAUUUUUCGGACGAGGAUGAGUACAGUCUUAAAUCUGGAUCGGCGUCUCCCGCACCCGGAGACACUUUACCCUGGAACCUGCCGAGACAUGAGCGGUCCAAGAGGAAAAUCCAGGGAGGAUCCGUGCUGGAUCCGGCGGAGAGAGCUGUGCUCAGGAUCGCAGAUGAAAGAGACAGAGUGCAAAAGAAGACGUUUACAAAAUGGAUAAACCAGCAUCUGGUGAAGGUACGAAAGCAUAUAAAUGAUCUUUAUGAAGACUUACGAGAUGGACAUAACCUGAUCUCGCUGUUGGAGGUUUUGUCUGGAGAUACACUGCCAAGGGAGCGUGAUUUUCUGAAGACUUUGCGGUUGGUGAGUGGGACAGACGCAUGCGCAGUUGAGCAGCAUGGAGACACGGUGGAUGAUGAUAAGGGGCCUCGGGAAAGAGGGAGGAUGCGCUUCCACAGACUCCAGAAUGUACAGAUAGCGCUGGACUAUUUAAAGAGGCGGCAGGUCAAACUUGUAAAUAUAAGAAAUGAUGACAUCACAGACGGCAACCCAAAACUGACGCUGGGAUUGAUCUGGACCAUAAUUCUGCACUUUCAGAUCUCGGAGAUCCAUGUGACGGGAGAGUCCGAGGACAUGACAGCCAAGGAGAGACUGCUGCUCUGGUCCAAGCAGACGACAGAGGGCUACGUAGGUGUGCGAUGUGAAAAUUUCACAACCUCGUGGAGGGAUGGGAGGCUAUUUAAUGCCCUUAUUCACAAAUACAGACCGGACCUUGUGGACAUGAGCCGUGUGUCAACACAGACCAACCGAUCAAAUUUAGAAGACGCAUUUUGUGUAGCUGAACAGCUGGGGGUGGCCAGACUACUGGAUCCUGAGGAUGUUGACGUCCAGUCUCCUGAUGAAAAAUCAGUCAUCACCUACGUCUCAACACUGUACGAUGCCUUCCCCAAAGUACCCGAUGGAGUUGAAGGAGUUAGUCCUAAUGACGUUGAUAUCAAAUGGGUGGAGUACCAGAACAUGAUCAAAUACCUCAGCCAGUGGAUCAAACACAAUGUGGCCAUAAUGUCAAGUAGAUCAUUCCCCAAUAACCCUGUAGAACUCAAGGCACUUUAUACUCAAUAUCUUCAAUUCAAAGAACAUGAAAUCCCACAAAAAGAAAAUGAGAAAACAAAAAUCAAAAAUCUCUACAAAAUGCUUGAGAUGUGGAUCGAGUUUGGACGUCUUCAGUUACCCCCGGGUCAUCAUCCGAAUGAUGUGGAGAAGGAAUGGGGUAAACUAAUUGUCACUAUGCUGGAAAGAGAGAAGAGCCUGAGGCCAGAGGUGGAAAGGCUUGAAAUGUUGCAGCAGAUUGCCAACAGGGUUCAGCGGGACUGUGUUAACGGCGAGGACAAGCUUGCACUGGCGAGGACGGCCCUGCAGUCUGAUGCAAAACGUCUUGAGUCUGGUAUUCAGUUCCUAAAUGAAGCUGAGAUCGCUGGCUACCUGUUGGAGUGUGAGAAUAUUCUCAGACAACAAGUAGUGGAUAUCCAGAUUCUCCUGGAUGGAAAAUUCCCAUUUGCAGAUCAGCUUGUUCAAAGGGUGUCAAAACUCCGCGAUGAUCUUCUAGCCCUGAGAGCCGAAUGCUCCUCUGUGUACAGCAAAGGCCGCACCCUGACAACAGAGCAAACCAAAAUGAUGAUCUCAGGCAUCACACAGAGUCUGAACUCUGGCUUCUCCCAGAGCAUUAACACUAACCUGACACCAGCCCUUACUCCUGCACUCACCCCAGGGGGAAUAGGUACCCCUGGGUCCACCUUCACCUCCAGCCUUACGCCGUGCCUCACCCCGUCCUUGACUCCUGCCUUGACCCCGAGUCUGCAGCCUGCAUCAGUCCAGAGCUACUUGGGGAGCAUUGACAUGGGCAUGGACCCAGGUAGCCUCAGGCAUUUGAAAAACAUGCAGAUCCGGAAGCCCUUACUGAAAUCCUCACUGGCAGACCCCAGCUUGACAGAAGAGGAGGUCAACAUGAAGUUUGUUCAGGACCUUCUAAACUGGGUAGAAGAGAUGCAGAUGGAGCUGGAGCGUUCAGAGUGGGGAUCUGAUAUGCCAAGUGUGAAAAUGAAUUUAGAUAACCACAAAAAUGUACACAGAGUGAUCGAAGAAUUCCAAAUGAGUCUUAAAGAAGCCAAAAUAAGUGAAGUAAGUAUUUCUUGUCCAAUAAAUACUACAACUGCUUACGUGCUUGUUUUUGUCUGACUCGCCCGUCUCUUUCAGAGCUCAUCCAGGGAGCGGCAAAGCCACCUGGAGAGCCUGCAUGACUUUGUAUCACAGGCAACUCAAGAGCUCAUCUGGCUGAACGAGAAGGAGGAAGAGGAGGUUGCCUUUGACUGGAGCGAUCGCAACAUUAACAUCUCCAAAAAAAGGGAUUACCACGCUGACCUGAUGAGGGAGCUGGAUGAAAAGGAGGAAGCCAUCAAGUCUGUGCAGGACAAGGCAGAGCGCCUUAUGCUCAAGAACCACCCAGCCAGGCUAACUAUUGAAGCAUACAAAGCUGCAAUGCAGACCCAGUGGAGCUGGAUUUUACAGCUCUGCUCAUGUGUCGAACAACAUCUCAAGGAGAAUGCCAUUUAUUUUGAGUUUUUCAGUGAUGCCAAAGAGUCCAUGGAUUACCUAAAAAAUUUGCAGGAUUCGAUUCAAAGAAAGUACAGCUGUGAUCGAACAAGUAGCCUACACAGACUGGAGGAUCUCAUUCAGGAGUCCAUGGACGAGAAAGAGCAGCUCCUUCAGUACCGCAGCACUGUGGCUGGGCUGGUGGGCAGGGCUAAAAAUAUUGUGCAGCUCAAGCCCAGAAACCCUGAAAAUCCGCUAAGAUCCUCCAUUCCUGUUAAAGCGAUCUGCGAUUAUCGCCAGAUAGAGAUUACCAUUUAUAAAGAGGACGAGUGCGUACUGGCCAGUAACUCUCACCGGGCUAAGUGGAAAGUCAUCAACCCAGCAGGUAAUGAGGCGAUGGUUCCCUCUGUUUGCUUCACUGUCCCUCCACCCAACAAAGAGGCCGUUGAUAUGGCUUCAAGUAUUCACAUAUACAAGGAACACGAGGAGUCGGUGUACAAUCAUUACAUCUCGGAAAUACGCAACUUCCGUAUGCAUCUGGAGGCCCAUGAAGAACACCUGAUCAGGCAAAUACGCUCACCCCUGGAAAGAGAUGACCUGGAGCAGAGUCUGCAGCGUAUCACAGAGCAUGAGAGGAAGAUGGCAGAGCUGAAUAAGCUGAAGGAGGAUCUGGAUGCCAUGAAGGAGAAGUGUGAGCUGUUCCUCAGACAGGCCGCGGGUUCUCCGUCUGUGGCAACGCUUUCAUCUGAGCUCACAGUCCUCAUUCAGAGCAUGAGCCAAGUGUACUCCAUGUCUUCCAUUUAUAUGGACAAAUUAAAAACUGUGAGUUUAGUGGUGAAACACAGUCAGAGUGCAGAGGCGCUUGUUAAGGCCUAUGAGUCCAAACUCUACGAAGAAGAUGCCAUGAACCCUGAUGUCAAAUCCAUUGAAAAUGUCAUUUCCACACUAAAGCACUGGCGGACAGAGAUUGAUGAGAGACAGGAGGUAUUCCACGACAUGGAGGAUGAGCUGCAGAAGGCGCGCCUCAUCAGUGACCGCAUGUUUAAAGCGCACAACGAGCGCGACUUUGACCUCGACUGGCACAAAGAAAAGGCGGAUCAGUUGAGCGAGAGGUGGCAGAACAUCCACUCCCAGAUCGAUAGCAGGCUCCGCGACCUGGAUGGUAUCAGCAAAUCUUUGAAGCACUACAGAGACUCCUAUAGUAGCCUUGAUGAAUGGGUUAGAGACAUGGAGGCAGCACAGCUGAAGGCCCAAGAACACAAACCUGAGGAUAGCAAGGCACUGGCUGAGCUGUUAAACAAACAAAAAAUCCUUGUUGCUGAAAUUGAGAAGAAACAGAGCAGUAUCGACGAAUGUCAAAAGUACUCAGAGCAGUACUCAUCUGCUGUUAAGGAUUAUGAACUUCAGCUGAUGACGUUCAGAGCGAUGGUCGACUCCCAGCACAAAUCUCCUCUCAAGAAACGGAGGAUGCAGAGUUCUUCUGAUGCCAUUCAGCAGGAGUUUAUGGAUCUCCGAACGCGCUACACUGCUCUGGUGACUCUGAUGACUCAGUAUGUGAAGUUUGCCAGCGAAACGCUGAAGAGAACUGAGGACGAGGAGAAGAGAAAAGCUUUUGAAAGAGCAGAGAAUGAAAGGUGGACAGAAAGCAUGGAGCUCCAAAAAGCUACAGAGGAUAUAGAGAUUAGUCAACUUAAGCAGCGGGUCUGGGAUCAGGAGGCUUUGCUGACUGAGAGGCAAGAACAGUUGGAAAAAUUGGAAGGAGAAAUAGAAACACAGCAGAAGACAAUUGGUGAUCUAAAGUGUCAGAAAUCCCAGCUCGAGCAUGAUCUGAAUCAGUAUCAUGCUAAAUUAGAGAUAGCAGUUAAAGACAAAAUGGCAAUUGAGCAGGAAUUAAAGCACACAAAAAUGUUAAUCGAGCAGUCAGAGGCCACAUGGUCUUUGACUCAGAAGAAGCUAGACGAUUUCUUAAAAGAUAGAAACGAUGGCCACGAUAUUAAUACCCAAAGCCUUCACAGAAAAAAAGAUGUGGAGGAAAUAGACUUUGCCACUGUUCAUGAGCCGCAAAGCCAAAUCCAUGCUAAACGUGUGGCUCAGCAGCCUUUGGCCUUUGACAGCCAGUCAGCAGGAGACUGUGAGCUGAGAUCAUCUGCAUUCAGAGAAAAUGACAGCACGAUGGUGGAUGCUCUGCAGCAGAAAUUAGAGGAGCUGGUCCUGGUCCAGAGAAAAGCAGACAUGGCUGAAGAAAAAGCACAGAGUUAUAAAAAGUUGUUGGAUGACAGCAAUAACAGACUGAAGAAACUUCAGAUGGACUUGGAAGCUGAGAGGAUUAGCACGAGACAGAAAUCGGAGGAACUCCAGCAGGAAACACAGAACAUGAAGAAAUCCAUCAAUGAGCUUCAAGACGAAAUCAGAUCUCUCAAAAGAGCAAAGUCCUCUCUGGAACAAAACACAUUUUUUCACAGCACUGAAAUAGAAGGCCUUAAAGAGCAGCUGAACAUCGCCCACGGAGAGCUGCAGAAAAAAAGCUCCAUUGAACAGGAAAAUAGUUACAAGAUUAACAGCUUAGAAUUAGACCUGGCUUCCAAACAGUCAGUAACAGAUCAGCUGAAGUUUAAAUGCAGUGAGCUGACGAGGAUGAAUGUCUCAUCGGAGAGUAAUAUUCAAGGUCUUCAGAUCCAGAUGGAAUCAAUGGAAAAAGAGAGGUUGCUUUCAGAACAAAAGCUCAGGUCUUUAAGGAGAGAGCUCGACAGCUGGAAACAGCAAGUUCAAACAGCAAAGGAAGAAAGUAGCUUAAUAAAAAAAUCUGAGCAGGCGCUGCAGGGCAAGUGUAAAGAUCUGGAAGCAGAACUUCAAAAAAGUGAAUUAGCUGCUUCUCAGUGGCAGGCGAGAGUAGAUGAGAUGAAACAGAUCAAUCUGGAGAUGGAGGAAAAUCUAAAGAACAUAAAAGCUAAACUGGAUCAGGCGACGAUGGAAAUUGACAGCAAGGAUCAGCAAAUUAAAAUCUUUAGGGCUCAAGUAGAGGGCACCAAAUCACAGGUCAGAAUUAUCGAGGAGGAGCUGAAUAAGAAAUCGCAAAGCUCUCAUGAGCUUCAAAUUAAACUGCAAGAUUACAGUGUGGAGGUAAAGAAAAUGACUGAACUGCAGCAGAAAGUCAAAGCUCUCAGUUCAAGUACUGCCAGUUAUGAGAAAGAAAUAACCUCUCUUAAAACUGAGCUGAUGUCAGUGCUUUCUGACAAGAAUUCGGCAAAUCAAAAGGUCCACAUGCAGAAAGCUGAAAUCAAUGAUUUGAAAGUGAUGCUGAAUACUAAAAAUGCACAACUGCAGAAGGAAUCUGCUGAGAAUCAAAAGCAUCUCAGUAAAAUCAAGGCUUUAGAAGAUGAGCUUUUCAAACAAAAGCACAAUUUUAAGGGGUUAACCAGCAGCUCGGAGAAAGUGACAGAAAACGUAAAGCAGGAACUUUACACGCUUCAGAGUGAGAAGAGAGAAACGGAAAGGAAAGCCGAGAACCUGAACGCUAAACUUUCAGAUUUAAGCUCCUCACUGCAAAAAACAAAAGACGAGUUAGCGAAAGAGGCCCAAGAGAGAAAAGUCAAAGAGUCCAAAUUAAUUCAGCUGGAGGCUGAGCUUCAGAAAAAUAGAAUAACAAUCAAAGAAAUGAUGUCCAGUUCUGAGAAAUCCAGAUCAAACCUACAAAAUGAGAAUACACUUUUAAAGAGGGAGAAAGCUGAGGCGUUAGAGAAAAGCAUUUUAUUGGGAUCUGAAGUCAGAAAACUGAGAGAAAACCUUCAGCACGCCCAAUCGGAAGCCGAGCAAAAGCAAAUAGAAAACGCUGCGCUUCAGCUGAGGUCCCAGCAGAUGGAGGAACAACUGGAUAAGUGUAAGAAAAUGCUGGAGGAGUUAAAGAGCAAACUAGAACUCCAGAGAGAGGGCUAUGACAGGCAGUUGCUGCUAGUGAAAACUGAAAUAGAGAGAAAAAUCAUUUUACUGCAGUCCGAACUCACAAACGACAGCGAGAAAUCCACAGUGCACAGCGCUGAACUAGCAGAGAUGCUGAAUAAGUAUUUCAAACAAGACACGAAGCAGAUAAAACAUCAGAGCACAGCUGAUUCAAAGCAACAACCGGACCAACAGCUUCAGAUCAAAACAGACAAAGUGCAGCAAGAGAGAACGAAGCUCGAGCGAGACUUGUCAAAAGCAAAAUCUCAAAUAGACGAACUCGAGGAAGAAAAAGUCAAACUCAAGUCAAAAAUCAGUGCUAUGCAAAGCCUUUGCAAUGAGCAAACGGGUGAAUGGACAAAGUUUCAACAGCUGUUGAAAGACAGCGAGUGGAAACUCACGAUGAAAGAAAAUGAGGCAAGAUCUCUGCGGGAACAAAUAGUGCUGUACGUCAAAGAGGUUAAAGGCCUUCAGGAGAAGCUUUCGACACUCGGAUUAGAGGCGACUCAGUGCAGUUUCCAGUAUGUGAAAGACAACAAGGCUGAUCUGAUGAAUGCAGAUGUUGCUAUAAUGCAGAAAAUGGUGCACUCAAAUCAAGAUACAAAAAGCAGGAGAGAUGAAGAGAUUCUGUCAGUGAAAAAGUCCUCACAGAUGGCAACAACGGAGAACGAAAUCACUCUUGAAGGGAUUAAACAUGUCAGACAUGAUAAGAAGGAGAUCAUUCACAGUCAAAGCCUUCAGCAGGAUUCAACAACAAACGCAAUGUUGGAUAGCUCCCCUUAUCAAAUUCCCGCUUUUCUCAAGAAAGAUGUGCAAAGUGUGACUUACAAGAGCAACGUUAACACUGAUUUCCAAAGCUCUGUGACAACACAGGGAUACAUGGCUCUGUUGGGACUUACAGACAAACAGCUGCACAAAACUAAUGUCAGCAAGACAAAAAUGUACCAGAGCACAUCAGAGAGUAGUAUAACAGACCAUGAUGGACAGCAGAGCGUGACAUAUUCAACUCCCCAAAAGCUCCCAGACCUCAAAGGGGGUGUAAGCAUUCAAAAUAUGGUCAAAUUUAGGCCCUCGGAUGAAGAGUACAUCGGCAAACCGGCUGCUAUUGCUGGAAUUUAUGUGGAGUCGAGCAAGAAAAAGAUAUCCUUCCUGGAAGCUGCUGAGAAGGGCUUCCUAGCAAAGACAUAUGCCCUUGAGUUUCUCGAGGCUCAGGCUGCAACAGGAAGCCUUACAGAUCUGGCUACCGGACAAACGCAUUCAGCUGCCGAGGCAUUGGAGAGGGGGAUUAUAGAUCCGAGCCUGAAAGACAGACUGAUGGAGGCUGAGAAAGCUAUUAGUGGUUACAUCUUUAAAGGCAAAAAGCUGUCUGUGUUUCAGGCCAUGGAGGAAAGGAUUCUCGAUAGAUACAAAGCCAAAAAGAUCCUCGAGGUCCAGGUUGCUACUGGAGGACUGAUAAACCCAGCAACUGGGGUCAGGGUAACAGCUCACAUUGCUGUAGAUCAGGGUCUUUUGAACAAGGAGACUCUACAGAGUCUCUAUGAUCCAGUCAGUAACCCCAAAGGUUAUCACAACCCUGACACUGGACAGAAAGCAUACUACUCUGACAUACUGAAGGCAUGCUUGUACGACAUCAGUGGUGGAGUGUUUCUCUUUCCGUUUGGUGAGAGGCACCUAACAAGCACAUCUCCUGCCAGCUCUCAUAGGGUGUCGGUUGUCAACAGCAACUGUGGCACUGAGAUGUCAGCCUAUGAAGCAUUCAAGGGGAAACACAUUGACAAGAAGACAUAUCUGUUUCUGUCACAGCAGGAGAGUGAAUGGCAGGAGAAGUCCACAGCUGACCCCAGUGGAACCCCACUUCACGUCAUUACUGAUGUCAAAGGUGGCCGACAGCUUUGCCUUGAGUCGGCUCUAAGUCAGAGAUUCCUGGAAUCGUCUGAGCUUGAGAGCUAUCGCAGAGGUCUUCUUAGUAUCACUGAGAUUGCAGACAUGAUAUUUUCAAGAAUGGUUGUUGUGGAAGAUGUUAACAGCCCCAUUGCUGGGCUUUGGGAUGUCACUCAGAAGAAAAGGCUUUCGGUUUUUCAGGGUUUUCAACAGGGCUUCAUUGACAGAGCUACUGCUUUGCGGCUGUUAGAGGCCCAGUCCUGCACUGGAGGUAUUUGUGACCCCUCAUGUGGAGAGAGAGUUACCCUCACCGAGGCUCUCAAAAGAGGUCUUUUGGAUGAAGCAUUGAGUCAGCAGCUUCUGCAGUUUGACCAAGCACUUAAUGGCUUCAUUCAUCCCAAGACUGCAAAGACUUUGUCUGUUUCCCAGGCGGUUCAGGAAAAUCUCAUCCCAAAAGACGCCGGUUUCCGCUGUAUUGAAUUCCAGCUCCUGACUGGAGGAUUGAUAAAACCUGACACCCACGACAGAAUCUCACUUGAAGAAGUCGUUCAGAGCGGGCUCGUUGAUAAAGUUACCGCCACUGUACUCAAAGACGAGAAGUUUCACACCAAAAGCCUCACCUGUCCAAGGACCAAGAGAAGAAUUACAUUCAAAGAGGCUCUGGAGAGAAGCGUGUACGACUGCCACACCGGGUUAAGGUUACUGGAAGCUACGAAAUCCCACGGUUUUGGACCAAAGUCAACAUUUCAUUAUGUUUGGAGAUCUGUUGAUGAGGAGAAGAGAGAGAAUGGUGAUAAGGUUAACAAACUAUUGCAGUGGAUGUCCAAUGUGAAACAGACCGUGAGCAAUGGUGGGGAUGCUCUGAAAGAUAGUAAUGCCAACACAGAUGCUUCUAAUAAGCCGCAGGUGUCCGUGGAGGAAAUCGUCACUAAAAAGGAACAAAUUGCAGAAGCGCUGAGGUCCACACAAACGAUGCUAAACAAACACAGUGACAAAAUGACAGAAGAGGAAAGAAAGAAGGCCCAAGAGCAGCUGCAGUCUCUCACUCAGGCCUACAAUGAACUCUCCCAGCAGUGUUCAGAUCAGACUCCCUCUGCAGAUGAGGAUUUCAAACCCCUUGAUAGGAUUGGGACUGGAAUGACUGGCCUGAUUGAUCAGAGAGGUUUGGUAAAUCAUCAAGGGGCCCUCCUAACCUCUAACCUCUCUGAACCCCAAUUUCAUCUGGGGUGUGACGAAGCUAUUGAAGAAAAUCGCAUCUACACAUCAACGCUGAAUCACUUGCCAGUGUUGAAUGAUUCAAGCAAAUGCAUACAGAGUUCACAUGUCUCCUCUGUGUCCCUGUCUGACAUAGCAGCAGCUAGAGAAGGGUCCAUGUGUGAAGAUGUGAUCAUAAAGAUAAUAGAGGCCAGCCAGGUCAGUGAUGAAGUGCAGAUAUCCUACACAGGAGACACGAUGACCCUGGAGAAGGCAUUUCAGUGUGGUUUAAUUCCUGCUUCUGUCUAUGUAAACAUCCUUCAGAGGAAAAAGUCUCAUCAGGAUAUGAUAAAUCUUGGCACUGCAGAAAGUCUGUCUUUUUUAGAGCCUGAAGAGGAGGGUGAAGCUUGUGAGGCUAAUAAACUGAUAUUCAAGGGCCUGAGCAGAGAGAGGUCAGAGGCAUCAGAGAUGAAUAUUAACAGUGUGACUUCGGGUGGUUUUAGUAAUCAGGAGAUUAUGGUGAGGAUGUUAGGUGCUCAGGGGGAUCUAGAAGGUCAGAAUGAAACUGAGGUGUCAAAUGGUAACUUCCAGAAUGCUGGAGGUGGGCUGAAGGUGGAUGCGGCCAUUCAGUGUGACUUGAUGAGCUCCAGCAGCACACUCAUCGUCCUGGGAAAUCAGCAACAGUUCAUGGGACUUGCGUUGCCUCACUCUGGGGAAAUCCAAAAAACGGUGUCUGCCUCGCAUGAAUCUGAUUGUCAAAGCACCUCCAGUGAGUUUACCUGCAGACUUUUUACUAAUCGAGGGAAAAUAGCAGCAUUUUACAUUCCAGAAAAUUCAGAGGUGAUAGAUAUCACUACCGCUAUUCAAAAUGGUUGGAUCGACAGUCACACAGCAGAGGUUCUGAAAUCCAUAGAGAUCCCAGAUGUGCUGCCAGAUGUUGAUCACCUUAGUGAAAAGUUUUCAUCUUGGCUCACUUAUAAAAAGCUGGCAGUUGAUGGGUGGCCUCAUGAUGGUUCAGAAGUUAAUCUCCCCUCUCCCACGGAAGCAAAACAGUUAUUCAUCUCAUACUUAAUGAUGAACAGUUACAUUGAUCCAACGUCAGAACAGAGGGUUUUGAUACUUGAUGAUCAGUUAAAUAAAAUGGCUCAUGCUUUUCUUGAAGACACGCUAUUUUAUCCGAACGAUGAUGAAGGUUUGACUGAUUUGACUUUGUUCGAUGCCAAAAAUCCUUUUGAAGACGCAGAUUCUGAGAUGUCGCUACUCAUAAAUGAUGAAUCAGAGGAGUUAAUAAAAAACACAGAGGACGUGUUUGAUCGUUAUGACUUUGUUUCCCGGACCGGCGGGAGACUCACCUUUGAUGAAAACACACAACACACAACUGAGCCCCAUAAUUUCGUUUCCUCUGGCAAUGGAAGAAUAACCUUUGAUGAAAAAUCUAAUAAAAAUGACAAAGCUUCAAAACACGAUCAUGCCAAGGACCUUUUAGUGAGUAGUGACAUUGAUUUUAACACCAGAGGUGUAGAGGUGGAAGACGCGUUUGAAAACGACACAUGGUGGACAAAGUCAGAUCAGUUUGAAGAAGGAAUUUCUGGAAAUACUUUGAAAAAGGAGGCCGGAGAUUAUGCCAGGGAAGGUCUUGAUAUUCCAGGUUCUCUACAUGUGUCAGUCCCUCACACAUUUUGCUCUGGGGAAAGCAGAAAUAUUAGCUCACCUUCAGUGAUGAUUGGCUCUGAGUCCUCAUUUAAAUCUUGCCAUCAGGUGCCACCACACUAUAAGGCUAAGUGCUUUGAUACAACAAGUGUUCAUAUUGAACAACCUCAGUUUUUAAGCUCUGAGGACUCAGUGGAGGGUGGAAAUGAGUGGAAGAGUGCUAUUGCGCUUCUGAAAACCCAAAUGGAGGAAGAGGGCAUUUUGGACGUCACCUCUGGGAAAUGUUAUAACCUGCUGGAAGCUCUUAAUAAAGGAUUAGUGGAUGAUAAGAUGGUACUAGAGCUGCAUGACUCACAGUCAGAUGAAAAAAAUCCCAUCCUAAUGGUUGAGACAGACAGAUUUUCUGGAUUAAAACAGGCAUUGUCAAGCAAAUGUCACACAGAGCAGAGCUUUUUGAGGUCUCAUUGCAGCAGGACCAUUGGUGAGGCACUCCCGCUUGAAUUAGUCAAGGAUUCAGAUUCGCAAGGCAACUUUUACCCAGAGGAAAACCGUGUUUACUCUCUUUCUGAAGAUCAAGAUCUGGGUUUAAUUCAUGCAGCUGAAAACACACAGCAGCUGAUUUCAAGAAAUGCUGCUGUCACGGUGCUUGAUUUAGCCAAAGAAGAGGCUAAUAACAAAGAAGGAGAGAGUGAAAAUAGAAAUCGAGAGUUGGCGUGUAAGGCAAUGGGGAGUGUAGAAACAAUGACUAAUAAAGUACAUCUUUCCCUUCCAUCAGAAAGUGGUAACAUGCCUCAGAUGAGCUCACCCUCUUAUUGGAAUCAGGUUACAGCAGAGCACAUCAAUCAUAAAGGAAAAUUGCCUUUAGGGGCUGAGGACAGUGAGUCACACACCUUAAUGGAUAGCCAGCUGACAGGAAGAAUCUCUGGCAUCAAUACUGAUUCCAAAAGCCAGACUCAGUCUGCCACUUUUGCUUAUCACUCCGGUAAAUCUGACAGCAUACCCAGUGAUGAUGAUGUUUUCGGUGAUGUAUAUGAUACCAGUGUAAGAAAACAGACAUUCAUUCAGAGUGAAACCGACACGUCAGUUUCAUUUUCCAGUGCUUUGUCUUUGGAAGCUAGAGUGGAAGAUGAAAGUGUGGUUCGGUCAACUUUGGGCAGUGAGCCAGCUCUGACUGUGGAUUACACAUCGCUUGGGGAUUUGGUUGAAGGUGCAGUCAUCUCGGUUUCCAGGGGUAAUUGUAACUCUUUGAAAAACAGGGCAGAAGAUGUCAGAAUUGCAUUACGUCAGCAAGCAGAAAGUGAUUAUAAUGAUGAAUCUGAGCCCAGCAGCUGUCAGAGAGAUCAGAGCCUGAUUGCAGCUGUUUGUGAAAGACCUCCAGAACAGCAGAGUUCCUCUUCUGAAAUACCUGCUGUUUACAGCAGCAUAACAGCAACAAAUACCAUCAAUCACAGCAACUAUGAUAUUGAAGAUACAGUCCUGACUCCUAAAGAUUUCUUAGGGUUUACAGAUGGUGGAGCAGGUGAUUCUGAGAGGCCUUCCCUAGAGAAGCAAAAUGAUGACAUUCUCACUAUUGAUGGUGAACAGAUCUCCAUAGCUCUCUGUCAGCGAGAUCAGAGCCUGAUUGCAGCUGCUUGUGAAAGACCUCCACAACAGCAGAGCUCCUCGUCUGAGUUACCUGCUAUUUACAGCAGCAUAACAGCAACAAAUACCAUCUUGCGCAGCAACAAUGAUAUUGAAGAUUCAGCCCUGACUCCUAAAGAUUUGUUAGGGUCGGCCCAUGGUGGUUUAAGUGAUGCUGAGAGGCUUUUCCAAGAGAGGGAAAACAAUGACAUUCUCACUAUUGAUGCUGUAUCUCUCUGUCAGGGAGAUCAGAGCCUGAGCUCACCUGUUUGUGAAGGACCACAACAGCAGAGCUCCUAUUCUGAGAUAUCUUCUGUUAAUAGAGACAUAACAACAAGUACUAUCAACCAAAGCUACUAUGAUAUUGAAGAUUCAGCCCUCACUCCUAAAGAUUUGUUAGGGUUUACUUGUGGCCUUAUAGGUGAUGCUGAGAGGCUUUCCCAAAACAGGCAAAACAAUGACAUUCCCACUGUUAAUGCUGAACAGAUCUCCGUGUCGCUCUGUCAGAGAGAUCGGAGCCUGAGUGCAGCUGUUUCUAUUGAUACUGAACAAAUCUCUGCAUCAAGAACGGACACAGACGAUCCUGAUAGUGAUAGAAAUGUCUCCUGUUUAAAUCCAUCGUUUCCCUUAUCAGACAACUUUGGACAGCCUGGAAGUAGAAUAGGAGAAGAGAUGAGAUCUGAUCCUAUAGAAGAGGAUCAAAGUUUAGAAGUGUGUGUUUCUGUGGAUACUCACACAGUUACGGGUUUCCUGUCCGAGAGCAGUAUAAUACCUGUUGUUUUCUCUUCAGGCCCAUUAGUGUUUUCUAAUCCUGGAAAGACAUAUGACCAGGGGGAAGAUAUUACACACGGUGAUAAGAGCAGUGGUUUGGAAAGGGCACAAGCUCAAGAUUCUCAAGAUGCCCUUGCUAUAGAUAAGAAUAAUGCACAAUCUUUACAUAAAAACAGUUUCCACGAGAGUAGCACAUCUCAAGGACUCACAGACAGCAGUCACCCAGAUCACCUCAUGAAUUUACUGAAGCAAAAUUCUCUCAGUUUAGACAGCGAGGACAUGAGGAAAGCAAAACUGAUAUGCCAGGAUGAAAGAGGAGGUCAAGAGCAGUCUGAUGCUCCAAAUAUCCAGCUGCAGCUGCUGCAGGUUUUUAAGACUGUUUCCACAAGCCAAGACCUUUCAGUGCUUAAGGAAGUGAUGGAUACCCUCAGCAGCGCUCUGGGGUGUGAAUCACAGCAGGAACAGUGGCACACACUGGAGAGCAUCAAAGAGGAAAGUUCAGAGGGAGAGGAUGAGGAGUCAGGAGAGGAUGACGGCGCUCCAAAGAGUCACCAACCAUCUGUUGAGGCCUCUGCCAGCUCAUAUGGCUGCAAAGUUGAGGAGGUCAAAUAUAAGCUGUUCUCCAUCCACGAUUAUUUGGAGUGUGUUGGGAGACUGCAGGAUCACUCUGAUGUUUUAGAAGAUGCCAGAAAAGACCUCUCAACCCCAAUACCCACAGACAACAACAUGGAAGAACUGCAGAACCAAAUAGAGGAAUGUCAGUCUCUGCAGUCUCAGCUUUCUAGUCUGGCUGAUGUUCUGACAGUCGAUAUGGAGAAAGCCAAACAACUCAUAAACUCUGCUGAUGAAGACGUUCCCCAGCAAAUCCACCACGACUUGGCCUCGAUAUAUCUGGAGUUAGAGACAGAUUUUACUGCUGUGUCUCACAUGUGUGCAGAAAGAAGCAACUCUCUGAUUCAAGCGAUGGAAACAGGGAAGGUACACUUGGAAUCAACAUAUCAGCAGCAUCUCAGUGAUCUCAAUACGCUGGCGGGGCUCAUUCAAAAUAACUCUGAGAUGUUGGGUGUGGAUUUGAACACAUGUGAUGUGGACACUCUGAAACAUCUGAGCCAGCAGAAUAAGGACAUGGAGGACCAUCUGCAAAAAGAAGCCAGGCUCAAGUUAGAGGAUGUCACGUUUGAUAUCCAGUGCUUUAUUUCAGAGCACACUCAGUUCCUGAGUCCGGCUAAGAGUAGCUACCUCCUCAAGUUCCUCAGCACCACUCAGCGAGCAUUCAGAGACCAGAUAGAAAGGCUUGUAACACAGAAGAGUGCCUUAGAUGUCCUGCUUGACGCCAGAGAGAGAGAAAACCUGGCAGAGUCUUUAUUGGAGAAACAGAAGGAGUUUACAGACAAGUUGGCGGACGUGUGUGAUAAUCUCACGCUGACUGAGAACCGCAUGAUUGGCCAUAAGCAACAGGCUGAAAAUGCUGAGAGUAUUACAGACCUGCAGCAGUACCAGCAGGAGCAUCAGGCUCUCCAAAAAGAUGUGUUGACAAACGCCAGUGCCUUAAAUGACGUGAUCAGCAGUACUAAUAAAUUUCUCGUGGAAAACCGAAGCAAGAUGACACCAGAUCAAAUCGCCGCUAUUGAAAGCAAGCUGGAAGAGGCUAAAAGCAAAGCCAAGGUCAUCAACCAGCGAGCCGAGGACUCCAGAAAAGAUUUGGAGAAAGCUGUCACGACAGCCAUACAGCAGGAGAGCGAAAAGGCAGCAGCUGUCGAACAGCUUGAAGAGAGUAAGAGCAAAAUUGAAGGUCUUCUGGACUGGAUUUCCAAUGUAGGAAAUAAAAACAAGAGCAGCCUGGAUCAAACAGACCAUGUAAGUCAAGAAAAUGGAAACCUGCCAGAGGAACCUUCAGCUAAGGGACUGAUAACAGACGAUGAUAAUGCCAACGGAAACGCUUUGCAGGCCACUGAAAAGGAUUUUGGCAGAGAGACCAGUAGCGAGGACAAUAAAUCCCCGAAUCUUGAUAAGCAGUACCAAAGGCUCAAGGCCCAUCACCAGGAGAUUCUGUCUCAGCAGCAGGAUCUGAUCAUGGCCACCCAGUCAGCUCAGGCUAUGCUUGACAAGCAAGCCAACGUGCUGUCUCCACAGGAGAAGGAGGCUUUGCAGAAGAACAUCCAGGAGCUAAAGGAGCGCUAUGAGACGUCCCUAACUCAGGCUGAGCAGCAGAUGAAGCAGGUGCAGUGUGUCCAGGAGGAGCUGAAGAAGUUCCAGGAUGACUGUGAGGAGUUUGAAAACUGGUUAAACCAGGCUGAAGAAGAGAUUUUGGAACUGGGAGCACCUGCAAGCUCCCUUAAUAUCCUCAGUGAUAACCUUCAGCGACAGAAAAGCUUCUCGGAGGAUGUGAUUUCCCACAAAGGGGACCUUCGCUUCAUCACUAUUUCGGGACAGAAAGUGCUGGACGUGGCUAAGGCAUUUGGAUCAGCUGAUCCGGCAGCUAAGAAUCCGCUGCUGCAUGUGGAUACUUCAGGGACCUGUUCUGCUGUCAAGGAUAAACUAGAUUCAGCAGCCAGUCGAUAUAAAACACUACACUCACAGUGCAAUCUGCUUGGCAACAACCUCAAAGACGUGGUUGACAAGUACAAAAAGUAUGACGACUCAAGCACCGGUCUUUUGAAGUGGCUCAACAGCUCAGAGGAGGAGGCGAGAAAGCAGCAAUCGGAGGCCAUAGCAGCUGACCCUCAAACACUACAGAAACAGCUGGAGGACACCAAGGUUUUACAAGGUCAGAUGAUGGGGCACCAGACUGCUAUUGAUUCUUUACGUAAAACAGCUGAGUCUUUAAUAACAUCUGAAGGUGACCUGCUGAGCAAUCCAGAUGAGAUCCAGGAGACAGUAGAUGACAUAGUGGAGCGUUACGACAACCUUUCCAAGUCUGUAAGCGAUCGAAAUGAGAAGCUGCAGAUCACCCUGACUCGCUCUAUGAGUGUUCAGGAUGGCUUGGAUGAGAUGAUGGGAUGGAUGGAGGGAGUUGAGGCCAGUGUGGAAGAAAAAGGGCAAAUAACCUUGGACUCUGCAUCUCUUGGAGGCAUCCUGAGCAAAGAAGCAGCUUUAGAGCAGGACAUAGCAAGUCGCCAGAGCAGCAUCUCAGCCAUGAAAGCCAAGGUGAAGAAGUUUGUGGAGACAGCUGAUCCCUCUGCUGCCGCGCUUCUGCAGUCUAAGAUGGACUCUCUCUCCCAGCGCUUCUCUGAUGCGUGUGAUCAGCACAGGCAAAAAAUUGCUACUCUGGAGAAGCUGAAAGAAAAGGUAGAGCAGUUUGAGAAUGUAGCCGAAAAAGUCCAGCAGUUUGUUUUGAAGCGCUCACAGGACCUGCACGAAACAGACGGCCCGGGGAAAACUUUCAAUGAACUGUCUCAGCUAAUGCAGAACACCAAAGCUGAGAUGGCUGAAUAUGCUGGUGAUUUGGAGAAGCUGCAGACUUUGUCCAAGGAGCUGUCUGAAAUAAGCCCUGAUGGAAACAAAGCCCAAAUUCAGAGCAAGCUGGACAAUCUCUCAAAUGUUUUCAGCACCUUUAAAGACACCAUCAAAGAAAAGGAAGAGGAACUGUCAUCUUGUCAGGACCAGCUGGGAGAGUUCAGAUCUGCAGCUAGCGCUCUCACUAAGUGGCUGGAGGAGGCUAAUGAAAAAGUACCUGCAGAUCAGCCAAGCAGCAGUGAGAAAACUCUGGAGAGCGACCUGCAGAUAGUCACUGGAUUACUAGAUGAAUGGACCUCCAAAGGCUCCGCUGUCCAAGACCUGAACACUAAAGGAUCGACGCUGUGCAACUUGAUUACUUUCCUCACAUCACCUGCCAAGACAAAGACUCCCAACAAGUCGGCUCUUACUAAUGGUGAUGGUCCAGCAAGCCAUACCUACCUAACCAACAAAGAGCUGAUGGUUAUUCAGCAGAACAUGUCUUCCAUCAAUGUGGGGUACACGGACCUCGGAGAAACGCUGAAGAAUCGCUCAGCACAGCUGAGUAGUUUGUUGCAGAAGGUGAAAGAGGCCCAGAAGGAGACAGAUGACAUGAUGCUGUGGCUGAAGGACAUGAAAAAGACCGCACAGUCCUGGAACAGUGCAGCCACAGAGAAAGACUCGGUGAAAACACAGCUUGAACAGCAGAAGGCAUUUGAAGACAACAUGAAGCAAAAACAAGAGGCGCUUCACAAGCUCAGAGAGAAGCUUCUCGACUUGAUUAAGACUCAUCCAAACUCACCCGAGGCAGCAAAAUGGAAGCAGAUGCUGGCAGAAAUAGAUGCUGCCUGGGCAGACAUCAGUGGCUCUGUUGAGGAGAGGAAGCAGCACCUGGAGCAGUCCAACAAGAAUCUGGACAUCUUCCAAACAACGGAGCAGCAGCUUGGUCAGUGGCUUUCAGAGAAGGAGCUGAUGAUGAGUGUCCUCGGACCCCUCUCCAUAGACCCGAACAUGCUUAAAAUGCAGAAGCAACAAGUCCAGAUCCUCCAGAAUGAGUUUAAGAGCCGCAAACCUCAAUAUGAACAACUCGAGGAAGCUGCCUCCGCCAUCCUAAGCUCAUCAGGCGAUCAGGACCCUUCGAGUGGGAAGCUGGUGAACGAGCAGCUUGCUGCAGUCACUCAGAAGUGGGCAGGCCUCACAGGACAGCUGGACCAGCGAGACAGCCUUAUUGAUCAGGCAGUGGUGAAAACCGGGAAGUUUCAGGAGUUACUGAGGAGCCUCAGUAACACUGCCACUCAGCUGGAGAGUCAGCUCACAAACCAUCAGGGCCUCAGCACGCGACCUGAUGCUGUGAAGAAGCAGUUGGAGGAUGCCCAGAACAUCUCGGCUCAGCUGCGAGAGGAGAAGAAGAAGCUGAAGGAGGCUGAGGCCAUCAAUGAAGAGCUCACAGCGAUGGUGACUGAGGACUACCUCAAAGCAGACCUCGCAAGGCAGCUGGAGAGUGUUUGCAAGCCUUUUAAGCAGUUGGAAGAGAAAGCAGCAAAAAGAAUUGAACAGUUAAACUCCACCUUUGCCAGUUCUCAGCAGUUUCAUCAGACUUCCAAAGAUUUACAGUCAUGGCUGGGUGAGAAGCUCCAGGACCAAUUGAAGCCCAAACCCAUCUCUGCCAAAGUGGAGGUUCUGCAACAAACUGUGGAGGAGCACAGUAAACUCCAGAAGGCUCUCGGUGAACAUGAGAAAGCUUUUAAUACAAUCAUUGGAGAGGGAGAGCUGCUUCUGCACAACAUUGAUGGUGCAGAGAAGUUAGCACUACAAGGUCAGCUUACUACCCUCUCAUCCAACUGGGAAGAAGUGAAGAAGAGCUCCGCAGAGCAGGCUGACAAACUCCAAACUGCUCUGAUGAGAUCACUGAAGUAUCAGGAGCAUGCGGAGAAGCUUAACUCUUGGAUUCAGGAGUGUGAGGCUAGCGAGGGCCGAGUCAAGCUCACCGUUGAUCCUGCUGCUGUGGAGACUUCCAUUUCUCAGUUGAAAGCUCUCCAGAAGGAUGUUGAUAAGCACAGAGGGUUGGUGGAGCAGCUCAAUGCAGCUGCAGAUAGCCUUCUUGAGGUGGCCAACACAGACACUGACGCUAUAAAAGAAGAGAAGGCUAGCACUGGCAAAAGAGUAGACAAUAUAGUGGAAAGUCUGCAGGGCAAAAGGGAAUCUUUAGAGAAGAUCUCGCACACAGUAAAGGAAUUUAAUGAUGCGUGCAAAGAGGCAAAGACUCAGCUUGAGGGAGCUAAGAAGCAAGUGGAUGCCUAUGAAACACAGGGAGUUCAGGCACACAGCAACAAGAGCCUAACCAACAUGAAAGCCCAACACAAGAGUUUAGAGGCUGUGCAGAAUCAAGUAGAGCACAUGAAGGCCUUGGCCAAGGACCUUGUGGUGGAUGUCCCAGAUGCUGAAGGAGUGACAGACCUCUUACUACAGGCGGACAGCAUAGAAAAGGACUACGGCAACCUUAAUAAGAAACUGGAGGAGACAUGUCAAGCAUUGGAGGGUAAACUGCAGGGUAUCGGACAGUUCCAAAACAACAUCCGCGAGAUGUUUGGACAGUUCACAGAGCUGGAUGAUGAGCUAGACAGCAUGUCCCCAGUGGAUCUCAAUUUGGACACUCUUAAAGAACAGCAGGACAGCAUUCAGAGUUUUGUGGCUAAGCUGCGAGAGCUCAUGGCUAACACGGCCAAUGCUGGAGACAGCUGUAAGAAGAUGUUAGAGUCUGAACCCUCACCUGACCUUCUAGGCCUGAAGAGAGAUCUGGAUGCUCUGAGUAAGCAGUGUGGCAAACUGUUAGACAGAGCCAAAGGAAGAGAGGUCCAGGUGCAGAGUACGCUCACAAAGCUAGAGGAGCUGUAUGGUAAACUCAAUCAAAUGGAAGAUAAACUCUGCAGAGCUGUGGACAAGGAGGUGUCCCAGGAGCCGGUCAGCAUGGAGACAGAAGUGAUCAACCAGCAGCUGGAGGCUUUUAAGGCUUUUCAGAAAGAGGACAUUGAUCCACUGCAGAACCAGCUUCAAGACAUCAAUUCCCUUGGGCAGGGUCUGAUCCAGAAUGCUGCUAAAGGCACUAGCACUAAGAAACUCGAGGACGACCUGGAAGGUGUCAACUCUAAGUGGAAUACCCUCAACAAAAAGAUUGCUGAGCGUUCAGCCCAGCUGCACGAAGCCCUCUUGCACUGUGGCCAGUUCCAGGAUGCUCUGGAGUCCCUACUCAGCUGGUUGACUGACACGGAGGAGCUCGUGGCCAAUCAAAAACCUCCGUCUGCUGAGUUCAAAGUGGUGAAGGCACAGAUACAAGAGCAGAAGCUCUUACAGAGACUGCUGGACGACCGAAAGCCGACAGUGGAGCUGAUAAAAAAGGAGGGAGGGAAGGUUGCUGAACUGGCAGAGUCUGUGGAUAAGGAGAAAGUGGCAAAAGAGAUUGAAUGCCUGGGACAGAGGUGGGACACGCUUCUCAAGAAGGCUGAAAACAGGCACAAACAACUAGAGAGCAUCUUAGUGGUGACUCAGCAGUUCCAUGAGACUCUGGAGCCGCUGAGCGAGUGGCUGUCAGCCACGGAGAAACACCUCGCCAACUCUGAGCCAAUAGGCACUGAGACUUCUAAGCUGGAAGAUCAGAUAUCUCAGCACAAGACAUUAGAGGAGGAGAUUAUGAAUCACAGUAAAGACCUGUUUCAGGCUGUCAAUCUUGGCCAAAUGCUCAAAACUGUGAGCUCAGUGGACGAUAAGGAGUUUGUUCAGUCUAAACUGGACACCACUCAGGCCAGUUACAUAGAGCUCCAGGAGCGAUGCAGGAGGAAAGCUGAAAUGCUUCAGCAAGCUUUGGCAAAUGCCCAGCUGUUUGGAGAGGAUGAAGUGGCUCUCAUGAACUGGCUCAACGAGAUACACACAAGGCUGUGUGAAGUUUCGGUGGAAGACUACAGACUAGAGGUUCUUGAAAAGCAGCUGGCAGACCAACGGGCACUACAAAGUGAUAUUGGCUUAAGGAAGAAGAAUGUUGACCAAGCCAUCUCCAAUGGGGUAGAGCUACUGAAGCAAACAACAGGUGAUGAGGUGAUCGUUAUCCAAGGCAAACUGGAUGGAAUAAAAACAAAAUAUGCUGAGAUAAACUCUAUGAGUGCCAGUGUUUUAAAGACACUGGAGCAGGUUUUGAGUCUGUCUUCUAAGCUGCAGCAUACUCACACGGAUCUGAGCUCAUGGCUAGAGAAAGCAGAGGCUGAGAUUAACAGCUUUGCUCAUCAGGAUCCAGUCGGCAAGCAGCUGAUUCAUUCACAAAGCAGGCAGAAGGCCAUGUUGAAAGAGAUCAAAGACCAAAAACCAGUGUUGGACCAGCUGAAUGAGUUGAGCAGUUCACUCUUGGAUUUGAUCCCCUGGCACACUCGUGAGAGUUUGGACAAACUUGUGUCUGAGGAUAAUGAGAGGUACAGAGCUGCCUAUGACACUUUGACCCAGAAGGUCGACCAGAUCAAUGCUGACAUACUCAAGUCACAACAGUUUGAACAGGCCGCAGACAAUGAACUCUCCUGGCUGACUGACGCUGAGGGGAAACUGCUAUCGAUGGGUGAGAUCAGGCUGGAGCAGGACCAAACCACAGCUCAGCUCCAAGCACAGAAGAUUUUCUCCAUGGACAUCAUGAGACACAAAGAUGCUGUAGAUGAGAUUGUGAAAACAGGAAAGGCCAUCAUGACCAGCAAAAACCCAGAGGAGAAAGAAAUCUUAAUGGCCAAGACACAGACUCUCCUCGAGAAGUAUGGUGUCGUCAGCCAGCUGAAUUCAGAGCGUUGUCUGCAGCUUGAGCGAGCCCAGUCUCUUGCCACUCAGUUCUGGGAGACCUAUGAGGAGCUGGGGCCAUGGCUUCAGGAAACUUUAAACACCUUCAGCCAGUUACCCCCGCCUGCCAUUGAGUACGACACGCUCAGGCAGCAACAAGAGGACCUCAGGCAAAUGCGGGAACUGAUUGCAGAGCACAAGCCCCAUAUUGAUAAGAUGAAUAAAACUGGUCCUCAGUUACUUGAGCUCAGCCCAGUGGAGGGUGAGCCCAUCAGAGAGAAAUACACAGCUACUGACCAACUUUACACCAAACUGAAAGCUGAUGUCAAGCAGAGAGCUGCCACUUUGGAUGAAGCCAUCUCCAAAUCCACUCAGUUCCAUGAUAAAAUUGAUCCCAUGCUCGAAUCCCUGGAACGGAUCGCUGAACGCCUCCACCAGCCUCCAUCCAUCUCAGUGGAGGUGGACAAGAUCAAGGAGCAGAUUACUGAAAAUAAGACGGUCUCUGUGGAUUUGGAGAAGCUGCAGCCAUCUUAUGAGACACUGAAGCAACGAGGUGAAGAGAUGAUUGCACGAUCCGAAGGGGCAGACAAGGACCUGUCUGCCAAAGCUGUGCAAGACAAACUGGACCGCAUGGUUUUCCUGUGGAACGACAUCCAGGCAUUGGUGGAAGAGCGGGAGGUGAAGCUGCUGGAUGUGAUGGACCUCGCAGACAAGUUCUGGUGUGACCACACCGCCCUCAUCGUCACCAUUAAGGACAGUCACGACCUGCUGAGGGAGCUGGAGGAGCCCGGAGUCGAUCCUUCAGUCGUCAAACAGCAACAGGAAUUUGUGGAGGGAUUUAAGGAGGAGAUUGAUGGGCUGCAGGAGGAACUCGAUGGGGUUCUAAACCAGGGUGCGGAGCUCAUGACUGCCUGCGGGGAACCCGAUAAACCUGUGAUAAAGAAGAGCUUGGAUGAAGUGAAUACAGCAUGGGAGAAUCUCAAUAAGACGUGGAAGGAGAGAGGAGAGAGACUGGAAGAAGCCAUGCAAGCUGCUGUGCAGUUUCAAGAUGGCCUGCAGGGUAUGUUUGACUGGGUGGAUAUUCUGGAGAGCAAGCUGGAUUCAAUGUCACCUGUGGGCACGGAUCUGGAAACCGUCAAGCAGCAGAUUGUGGAACUCAAGGAGUUCAAAGGAGAAGCGUACCAGCUACAGAUUGAGAUGGAGCGUCUGAACCACCAGGCCGGCCUCCUGCUGAAGAAGGUGACAGACGAGGCUGACCGCUCCGCCAUCCAGGAGCCGAUGUCUGAACUCAAAAUGCUUUGGGACAACCUGGAUGAGAAGAUCAUCAGUCGGCAGCACAAACUGGAGGGAGGCCUUCUCGCACUGGGGCAGUUCCAGCAUGCACUGGAUGAGCUGCUGGCCUGGAUGAGCCACACCGAGGAGCUGCUCAAUGAACAGAAAAAUGCUGGAGGAGACCCCAAAGCCAUCGAGAUAGAGCUUGCCAAGCACAACAUCCUCCAGAUAGAUGUGUUGGCUCACAAGUCAACAGUCGAGACAGUGAAUAAAGCCGGCAAUGAUCUGGUGCAGUCCAGCGCUGGAGAGGAAGCUUCUAGUCUGCAGAGCAAACUGGAGAAUCUGAACCAGCGAUGGAAAGCCAUCCUGGAAAAGACGGAGCAGAGGAAGCAACAGCUGGAAAGCUCUCUGCUUCAGGCUCAGGGUUUCCAUGGUGAGAUAGAAGACAUGCAGCAGUGGCUGAAAGACACAGAACGUCAGCUGUUGGCAUCAAAGGCUGUGGGAGGCUUACCAGACACGGCCCGGGAGCAGCUUAACGCCCAUCUGGAGUUGUGUUCUGCCUUUGAGUCAAAAGAGGAGCUGUAUCAGGAGCUCCAGAACAAAGGUCACCAACUGCUAACGAUGAUGCCCGAGGGUCCAGACAGUAACACGGAGCAGGACCUCGCCAACCUGAAGGAAAAAUGGGAAGCAGUGCAAGCGAAGGUCGCUGAAAGAAAGGUGAAACUAGAAGAAGCUUUGACUGUGGCUACAGAUUUCCACAACUCCCUGCAAGAUUUCAUCAACUGGCUAACCCAAGCAGAGCAGACGCUGAACACGGUUUCCCCCGCUUCCCUCAUACUGGAGACCAUCAUGUUUCAGAUAGAUGAGCAUAAGAUGUUUGUGACAGAGGUAAACUCCCACAGAGAACACAUUAUUGAACUGGACAAGACGGGCACACAUCUGAAGUACUUCAGCCAGAAACAGGAUGUGGUCCUGAUAAAGAACCUGCUGCUCAGCGUGCAAGGGCGCUGGGAGAAGCUGGUGCAGAGGUCUGUUGAGCGGGGUCGUCUACUGGACGACGCCAGGAAGAGGGCGAAGCAGUUCCAUGAAAAUUUCAAUAAACUGAUGGAGUGGUUAGAUGAAUCUGAGAAGACUCUGGACUCUGAAGUGGAAAUUGCCAAUGAUCCCGAUAAAAUCAAGACGCAGCUGGCACAGCACAAGGAGUUCCAGAAAGCUCUUGGCAGCAAACACUCUGUGUAUGAUACUACCACUCGAACAGGACGGGCCCUGAAAGACAAGACCUCUCUACAGGAUGACAGACAGAAGCUGGACGACAUGUUGAGUGAACUGAGGGACAAAUGGGACACUGUUUGUGGGAAGUCAGUGGAAAGACAAAACAAGCUGGAAGAGGCCUUGUUGUUCUCCGGCCAGUUUACAGAUGCUCUCCAGGCUCUUAUUGACUGGUUGUACAGGGUGGAACCUCAGCUGGCUGAGGACCAGCCCGUACAUGGAGACAUAGACCUGGUUCUCAACCUGAUAGACAACCACAAGGUUUUUCAGAAGGAGUUGGGAAAGCGGACAGUAAGCGUCCAGGCCCUCAAACGUUCAGCCAGGGAGCUGAUUGAGAACACUCACGAUGACUCCUCCUGGGUCAAAGUCCAGAUGCAGGAGCUGAGCACGCGCUGGGAGACGGUGUGCAACCUGUCUGUGUCUAAGCAGACCCGGCUGGAGCAGGCUUUGGGCCAGGCUGAAGAAUUUCACUCUGCUGUUCACAUCCUGCUGGAGUGGCUAGCUGAGGCAGAGCAAAGUUUGCGCUUCCAUGGCAGCUUGCCCGACGAUGAAGAAGCGCUGCGAGCGCUCAUCGAACAACACAAGGUGUUCAUGAAAAAACUGGAAGAAAAGCGAGUGGCUCUAAAUAAAGCGGCCAGUAUGGGGGAGGCCAUUCUCAGCAUCUGCCAUCCAGACUCUAUCACAACCAUCAAGCACUGGAACACCAUCAUUAAAGCCCGCUUUGAAGAGGUGCAGGCUUGGGCCAGACAGCACCAGCAGCGACUGGCCACAGCCCUCACAGAGCUACUAGCUACUCAGGAGCUGCUGGAAAAUCUUCUGACAUGGCUACAGUGGGCUGAGACCAACCUCAAUGACAAGGAUAAGGAGCCACUCCCUCAGGAGAUCGAGGAGGUCAAAAACCUCAUAGCAGAACACCAGGCAUUCAUGGAGGAAAUGACCAGGAAGCAACCAGAUGUUGACAAAAUCACCAAGACACACAAAAGGAAGGCUGCUGCGGAGCCUCAGAUCCAGUCUCAGAUCCCCGUGUUGGACAAAGGAAGAACUGGAAGAAAACGUUCUCCCACGCAAGCGAUGUAUGCGUCAUCAACACAAGCUCCCAUUGAAACAAAGAACCCACGGGUUAACCUGCUGGUGACCAAGUGGCAGCACGUGUGGCUGCUGGCUUUGGACAGAAGGAGGAAACUCAAUGAUGCUUUGGACAGACUGGAGGAGCUGAAAGAAUUUGCCAACUUUGACUUUGAUGUGUGGCGGAAACGUUACAUGCGCUGGAUGAACCAUAAAAAGUCUCGCGUCAUGGACUUCUUCCGCCGCAUUGACAAAGACCAAGACGGCAAAGUGACACGACAGGAGUUCAUAGAAGGCAUCCUCUCCUCCAAAUUCCCAACAAGUCGUCUGGAGAUGAGCGCCGUGGCAGACAUCUUUGACAGAGACGGUGACGGCUACAUUGACUACUACGAGUUUGUAGCAGCUCUGCAUCCCAACAAAGACGCUUACAAACCACUAACAGAUGCUGACAAAAUUGAGGACGAGGUCACGCGCCAAGUGGCGAAGUGCAAAUGUCCAAAACGAUUCCAGGUGGAGCAAAUUGGUGCCAAUAAAUACCGGUUCUACCUUGGAAAUCAGUUUGGAGACUCUCAGCAGCUUCGCCUUGUGAGAAUUUUGCGCAGCACUGUGAUGGUGCGGGUGGGAGGAGGCUGGAUGGCACUGGACGAGUUUCUGGUGAAGAAUGACCCCUGUCGAGCUAAGGGCAGGACCAAUGUGGAGCUGCGAGAGAAGUUCAUCCUCCCAGAGGGAACCACUCAAGUGAUGGCAAGCUUCCGCUACAGAGGCCGGAGGUCUCGGCCUUCAUCUCGAGGAGCUUCUCCCAACAGAUCCACCUCCAGUCAGAGCCUCCCCGUCCCCACCAACCCAGCAGCGACCAGCACACCCAAGAAUCCCCAACACAUAACCCGCAAUUAUGAUAAGCCAUGGCUUACAAACAGCAAACCCUCCACUCCUCUUAAAUCAUCAGACUCCUUUGGGAGCCAAGGUUCAUCCUCAGAGAGUAAUCCGGUUCAAGGCAGCAAAUUGCGUUUGCCUGGGUACCUGUCCGGCAAAGGAUUUCAGUCAGGUGAAGAAGGAAGCUUGAUCAGUGCUGCUGUACUAAAAGCUCGAACGCAGACAAUAGGUGAAUCGAGAAAAAAUUCCAGCCGACCAGGAAGUAAAGCCGGAAGCAGAGGAAGCAGUCGCAGAGGAAGUGAUGCCUCCGACUUUGACAUCUCAGACAUCCAAUCCGUGUGCUCAGAUGUUUCCGAGACGGUCGGCGACUCUGCCAGAGCGACGCCGCGCUCCGCAUCCCGUCAGCACGGAGGGAAACCCUCUAAGAUCCCCACACCUCAAAGAAGAAUGACCCCUACAAGCAAACUGGCCAAGGGAUUGAAGCGAUAGACAGUGGCCUUGAAAACAAACAAACAACCAACCCAGGAGCUAUUUGCACCCUAAACACAUAAUGGACACUGGAGAUGUGUAACUUAAAGAAAAAAAAAGUAAAAAAGACUGCAAAUGUGUCACGUGUUAUUUAAAUUCUUGCAAAGAUGUAAAAUAUUCUGUUAAGAGGCAAUAUGGUUUAAUAUUUUGUGAGAAUGGAAAGUCAAUGGCCUUGUGUAUUUGUUUUUAAUGUAUUUUAUUUUUUGUGAAAAUAUGUCAAAUUGUUUUUAUUGUACUUUAUUUUUAUUUAUGCAAAUCCUGAAGAGGAUUGAUGAACACUAGAAAAUCUGGGAAUGAUCAAGCCGAACUAACAUUUCUACACUAAUGAAGGGCAAAGAUGCAGGAUAGUGCUCUAAGAGUUACUGAAUGUACUAUUAUUUAUGUAUGCUUUUGUUUGGAGUAGAUGGUGCAUUAUGGUACCGUUUGACACACUGCGAUUAUCUAUUUAAGUGCUAUGUUAUACUGCCAACAUGCAUUUAAAGGGCAAUGCAAUAUAUUACAAUAAACCCCACUAAGCACUGCAGAAGCCUUCAAAAACCCCUAUUUAAGACAAGUAGCAAAAACCUCGUAACCAUGAUGCUUUUAUGUACCCGUUUGUCAGCAGCUGCAGCCCGUCUUUUGUUUAACCACCUCACAGCAAAUGAGUACUCUGACCUCGAAGAGGUACCACUUCAUGUAGACAUUCUCUGUGCAUCCAUGUCAAUGUAUGGUUAAUUUCGGUAGAGCUGAAAUUGUUACUGUAACAUUACUUUGUAAUAAACCUGCUUGCAGAAAGCCACCAGAGACUGGUGUGCACCACAGAA